AAAUACAAGUUACGGUCACAAAUCGAGUGACUGAAGAGUUCAACAAUGGCAGUGUUAUAUUGUAUCGUUUUUUUGUGUGUUGCUUUCAUUCCUGGAAAGUACGAAUCGGCACCAAUUCUAUCAAAUGUUGACGCUACAUCGGCAUCCCUGUUUGCGAUGGAUUUUAUGAAAAAGUACGGGUAUCUAGAACAUGGUACUGCCGAUUCAGAUGCACUCUACAAGGAAAGCGCUAUAACAGAUGCAAUAAAAAAUGUGCAGAAAUUCGGUAAUAUUCCAGUCACAGGAAAAUUGGACAACGCUACACUCGAGCUGAUGGCAUCUCCGCGAUGUGGCGUUACAGAUGUCUUAAGGAAAACGGAAGAUCAGCAACGAAAGAAACGUUACAUAAUAAGUUCAGAAGGUUGGAGAAAACAAGAUAUUACGUAUUAGUGUGUAGUCGCAUGUUCUAUGUAUAGUUUUGUGUAGAGAAUAAAAAACUUGAUUACACACUAUUACGGGCAUUCUUAUUGCAAGCUAGCG